UGUCAUCUUCCGGAAUAAUUAUUUCCAUUAAAUAAAUAUAUACAUGUAUAUAUAUUUUUUAAUAUUAUCUUUUCGAAAUAAAUAUAUGGGAGAAGGGAUAUUUAACUUUUUACUCGAGCAGAACUCAAGUUUCCGUUUAAAAUAGCGCGCACUACGUUAACAAUCGAAUCCAAGUCGAGAUGUACCGCACAAACACUCGUAGCAUACAUUUUGCAGCAAAAUGGCCAGCCUCAGAGGGGAAAUGCGGACGGACUGCGCCAGAAUUGUCAUAAUGGGAGGCAAGCUGCCUCCGUGAAUCAAGCACCAAUGACAAUUUCAGAGCAGUUUAAAGAAUCGUGGCUCACAGCUAUAAUUGGAUCUAUCAUGUUUGCUACCGGGAUGUGUCUGCUAUUCUGGAACGAGGGAAGAGCUGUGAAAGUGGCGCAUUCGUUAGACGAGGCUCUCCGCAAUGUGGCUGUGCUUCCUAAUUCAAUGAUGCUGUUACCUGAGUACGAAGGUCGUCUGGUACAUCUGUCGGGACCACUAGUGGUUUCUGAACCAUUAACGGAGCCGGAUUAUGGCGUUGUUAUGUCCAGUGUCAAGCUAAAGAGGAGAGUUCAAAUGUACCAAUGGGUUGAAAUCGAAGAAGAACAAAGUUAUGGCGGAGUAAGGGAUGACGAGAAGCACUACUAUUACACAACAGAAUGGAAGGACAAACUUGUGGACUCGGAUCAUUUCUAUAUUCGUACUGGUCAUCAUAAUCCGAAGGAAAUGCCGAUUAAGAGUCAGGUGCAGAUCGCGGACGAGGUAAAGAUCGGCGCAUUUUUGCUCGCUAUUGAAUUGAAGAAGAAGUUCAGCGACUUUGUGGAGAUUACCAGUGACGAGAGGCCAGAGCGGAAAGACAUUAAGAUGCAUUCUGGAUUGUACUACCACAGCGCUGACUUGUGGAAUCCGCAAGUGGGCGAUCUCAGAAUACAAUUCUCCUACGCUGGGAGAAACGGAGACAUUUAUUCGGUAGUUGGUUUGUUAGAAAAGGGCGCGAUUAAGCCGUAUUACACGUCUCACGGCGAAGAGAUCCUGCUGCAACGAAGGCACAAAAUGUCGGUGGAUCAAAUGUUCCACUUGGAGCACGUGCACAAUUACUGGCGAACCUGGACUAUCAGAGGACUUGGCUGGUUGGUGCUAUUUGUGGCAGCGACAUGCUUAGCGAAUAUACUGAAGACUAUUAUAUUAAAUUCGACCUUCCUUUGCGGCAUAAUAGCAGUCGAGUCUCUGACCAUUUCGGUGUCCAUGUCUAUCAGUCUACUGGUGAUUGGUUUCGCGUGGGUAUGGUACCGACCAGUGAUCGGUUUAGCGUUAGCGUUAGCCUCCUUUUUGCCAUUUAUUUAUUCCACGCUAACGUCUGGACCGCCAUCCCAGCAACGUGACAAUUACAGAAGAUUGUAAUAGAGUACAGGUAUCUUUUAAUGGCAUCAAUAAUAAGUAACUCUAAUGUACAAUUAUUGCACACAUAAUUUUGAGAAGAAUCUCACAAGAUGAUAAGUAAGAUACACAACAUUUACAUUAAAACAAUUUGAAUACAGAUAUACAUAUAUUUUUCUUAUUAAUUGUAAUUAUUGUAAACCUUGCGUACCAAAAAAUUACAGUUUUACAAUUAUAAUACUUUUUAUCGGUGCCGAAAGAGCAAUAAUGUAUCUCAAUUUCUAGUCCUUUCAGUUUAUUUAUUGUAAAAUACUCGCUGUUAUCGUACAAUAAGCACAAAUAAUAAUAAUAAUAAUAAUUAAAUAUACUUUUAGAUGACUCGAAUAUUUUUACAGUUAAUUCUUUAUGAAUUUAUAUGCGGUGGUAAUGCAUUCACGAUAAUGAUUUAAUCAAUUAAUGACAUGAUAAAUUAGAUACGAUUUAUAGAGCGAUAAAUAAAUGCUCCAUGUAAAAUAUA